UUUCUCCUCGGCUCCUGUACGUCGCCCACAAAAAUCAAAGAAGGUCUGGAAGCCGAUCCGCAGCCCAAAUCGAGAGGGGCGAAGGCCGAUGCUGAACUACCAUAUGCAGCACUGCACCGCCGACGCCGAUGCAGCUGCCCAAAAGCGCUGUCGUAUCACAUCGCCAGAGGGGGCGGCAACUUCGCGCGACGUCUGGCCAUCACCAAACGCGGAAGGGAGGAAUGUGAAGAGCAGGGAAGGGGUGGGGUGACGUGCCCACCUCAGCCACAGGCCGAGCGCAUGAGAACACACACAUCUGAGAGAGCGGCGAUGCAAUCAAGAUCCACGCAGAGGUCGAAGAGAAACCUAUGGAGGCAAACACGACUGGAGAACAGCUAACUAGUGGAUUCGGUCUGCAGCUGGGCCUGGUACUCCCGAUCAGCAGUGUGCACGGUGAGGCUCAACAGCUCACGCCAGGCCAAAUCGCGCGGAUCCAAGAUCGGCGCGAAUGCGGACCUCGAGGGAACCGAGCACCGCUUCCAUGGGACCCAUCAACAUGUGACGGUUGCAGACACACCUGGAGUUUGGACAACAGCGACGGCCCCAAGCGCUGACGGGUUCCCAACGCAGGCGUGUCACUAAUGCUCUCCGUCCCUCCCGAAGAACGCGAAGGAGGAUGACGAAGGACGUAGUCUGCUUCUGCCGGGAAGGCCCGAACAGACGGCGCUGUCGUCAAACGACUGCCCAGCACCGGCCUGCCCGCCAAGGCACCCCGAGUUUAAGUAGCCGUAUACAAAAAGUUGCCCAACAUGUUGCGCCAGACACCCCGCGGGCAACUAUAUGAAUGUGCCUAUAGAUCUUCCAGCGCUGACACUACGACUUACAGAGCACAACUGCAUCACGCAGCAUGAGCUGUUCGGUUUCAUACGGUGCGCGCUGCCACAAUCACCACCUUCGGAGCGCCGCAACUCACUUCGGAGCGUGCGCUGAAGAGGCUGCCCGGAGUAUUGGAACGCGCAGAGCCGUGGUCAGUUGGGCACUGGGCCGUUGGAGGGGGUAGAACAUACAAUUCCUCGCCCCCCCGCCCACGCCACAAUCCCUUGGACUCGACCGACCGUUAGGGUGGCCAUCCGACAGCAGGCAUCGAGUGUUGAAGGGCGAGGCCGCAGACCAUCACUUCUGAAUGGUGGGCCGCACAAAGCAGACUGCCACGCAGCUCGUGGAACCACAACGGCAGAAGCAUAACUUUCCGGAGGUCCGCGCGGAUUUCUUAUCUCGGCGCUGCGCCCCCCUCGCUGGCGCGCGGAGCGUGCCAGGGGCGACGAAGGAGGCGCCGCCAGGGGAUCUCAGCGCCCAUCCCAGGAGAUUCGCACGGACCUCCGAACAUCUUUUGAAACGCAGCUUCUUCUUCUUCAUUGACGUCAUGAGAAGUCGCUGCACGCCAGCCUCACGACGCUCGAAAGGCACGAAAGCUCUCUCGAAGUAUUAGUCCAAGCGGAGUCAACGAAGGCGCGGCCGCAUCAGAUCAAUUCUGAACGGUGGACAGUGCAAACACACAAACACAAACGCAUCGGUACCUUGAAAAAAUGAACUGCCGUCCGACGCUCUCUGUCCAUUCCCCAUGGAUUCCGAGUCGGAGGCCGACAUGGAGAAAAAUCGCCAGGAUCGAACUAAAUCGUAUUGUCAUCCAGCGUCUUCCUUGGGCACAGGGGGGGUUUGCCGCCGCCGGAGAUAGAGAAGCUGUGGGCACUGCUUUGGACCUCCUGCCUGCCUGGAUGCCCCUGGCCAACAUUUCCCCGCACGGGAAUUCACCCUCCAGACACAACAAAUACAGCAGCAGACAUAUACGAUAAGGCACUUCGCUAUGAGAAAUGUGCGUGGCCACGCUUUGGCGACCUCACGUUUCCAUGCCACCCGAGGGGUCUCCGGCCCUACCGGGGGAAAAGAAACCAUCGUGGGGCGCCCGCUGGCCGGCCAAUUUCUGAUCCCUUGUGCCCGCUGUAUCCACAGAUCCCGACCCUUCAACAUAGGGAGGGGGGUGGACAUCAUACGACGUUGGCGCGAAGGCUGCGUGCUAGCAGUGCGCUUGCUGGCUGCGAGAGAGGGGUGGCCGCC